AUGAAAUUCCCUAGACGAAUUGAAGGGUCGAUAUGCGGCACCGGUUUACUACUGCGACGGCCAGCAUCGAGCUGGCAGUAUCCGACGACCUGCACCGGUACAGCAAAGCCGCGCCAUUGGAGCUUCCAUGCGGUCACGGGACGCUCCAAUCGGUCGAGGAGCAAAAUUUGUCUGAGCAAUGGUGCACAAUUUUUCACCGUCUCCUACCCUCGGCAGCACGCAAACGCAAAUGCUGCCAAGCUGGAGCAGAACCUCGAAACUAGUCAGGACGUCUCCGCAAAGGCAACAGGCGCCACGAAUGGCAUGCCGGUCGUUGAAGAGCUGGCAAGGGACCACACGCUCUCCAAGGAGGAACUGCUGGAACUUGUGGGAACAUACAACGACGACGACACGGCCGAAUUCCAGCUCCGACUGCUCAAGGAUCCAUACCUUCGGGGAUAUGCAGCCGCUAACGGACCUGACCUAUCAAUCUCAAACAAAAAGGAAGACUCCCAGCUGCCGUCGUUUGAGGAGGUGACGACGCCGAGUAAGGAGGAGCGUACCGUGCUUUGGAAGCUCUGGCAGGCGAUUCUUAGAAGAAGAUGUAACCCUCUCAGGGUUGACGCACAGUACAUUUACCAUCUCUAUUGCCAGCUCCCAGAGCCUCGCAUGCCAUAUCUCCACUCAAAGCUUCGACAUGAGCUGCUGCGCUCUUUAUCUUACGGAGAAAAACCCUCGGCCAAGGCCAUGCUUCGGUACUUCGCGGUUAUUGCCGAUGUCAAAGAAUGCGGCUAUGCUUUGUUGCCUGUGGAGUGGAAUAUGGCAGUCCACCUCGCAACCAAGCACUUGAGUGUUGUUACGGAGGCUCAAGUCGAAUCUGGGCUGAACAUUUGGCGAGAGAUGGAACAUCAGGCAAACAUUACUGCGGAUAGCAUGACAUUUAACAUACUGUUCGACAGCGCAACCAAGGCAGGGAACUUCGCCCUUGCUGAGAUGGUCUAUGCUGAGAUGGUAAAGCGAGGGCAUCCGUUCACUCGCUACCACCAUGUGUCCCUGAUAUUUUUCUUUGGACUCAGAAUGGAAAGCGACGGCGUAAGAGCCGCUUACAGAGAAAUGGUCAGUGCCGGGGAGAUCAUCGACAAUGCUGUCCUCAACUGCCUCAUUGCUUCCUUUCUGAGAUGUGGAGAAGAAGUCGAGGCUUUGGAACUUUACGAGCGCAUGAAGGCCUCCGUCGAAAAUACCUUGCACCUACCAGCACAAACAGACAUGACGCAAAAGGCCGUGACCCGAGUCCUGAUGAUGUUUGCGCGUGUGGCAAGAAGCCACCCUGCUAUGCGCAAGGAAAUGCAAGCCGCCGCUUCGCUAGCACCGGACUUGCGGACGUAUCGUAUUCUCAUCAGGCACUUUGCCAUCAACGUCGGCAGGAUCGACCAAGUCGCAAAGUUUUUGAACGAGAUGAGGCACUUUCAGAUACCUGUACACGGCGGCAUCUUUCUUUCGCUGUUCAAGGGAUUCGCUUUGCAUGGCGCCAAGGCAGGCUCAGACUGGAGCCCCCAGAGGCUCUUCAGCGUAUGGGAGGCCUUCCUUCAGGCCGUUGACGGCGGCGCGGAAGGACUCUACGUCGAUACUUGGCUCGCUCUUUGGAUAUUGCGCGCCUUUGAGAAGUGUGGCCAGAGGGAAAUGAUAAUGGACGUCUACGAAGAUUUGAGAGACCGAUGGGAUCUGCCCCCAGAUAGGGCAGACUUUAUGUUGCGCUUUUUACAGGGCCAGAUGAAGCGGUUGGGUCUCGAGAUUGGCGAGGUACCUGAACCCGAACGAUAA